AUGCACCUCAUUUCUCUCCUCGGCCUCCUGGCCACUGCCACUCUCGCAGUCAGCCAGUCAAGCAACAACACGACAGGCAAGCUAGGAGAUGCUCGUCCGGUCCGUAACAACCCCGUCAUCGGCGAAGUGUGGGUUGCAAAGUUCGACUCUCCUACAGUCAAGGGCUUCGUAACCGCCGUCGCAAAUACCGUUGGUGUCAACUACACCAUUGACGUGACGGGGCUUCCGGUGGAUCAGGGGCCGUUUAAGUACCACGUCCACCUCCGCCCCGUCCCCUCCGACGGUAACUGCGCCGACACAGCCGGCCAUCUGGACUCCUACCUGCGCGGCGACAGUCCGCCCUGCAACAGCGCGGCGCCGCAGACUUGUGAGGUCGGCGAUCUUUCGGGGAAGUAUGGGACUGUGACGGGACCUUCUGUGCAGAAGAGCUUCAACGACCCUUACUCGGCGCUUAAUGUCAUUAACUUGGGGUAUAUUGGGAAUAGGGGGAUUGUUUUCCAUGAUGCUAGUUCGGCGAGGAUUGCGUGUGCUACGUUGCAGAAGGUUGGGUGA